GCUCCGGUCCUGCUCUGCUCACAACAACAAACCCGCCUUCCAGGAGGAGAACAGCAGCUGGAGAGCGAAGGAAACACACUUAACAUGUAGUUUUGUCAACAUAUCACUCGGUAAAGUUCCGUGUUUGUGGAUAAAAACGGCUUGAAAGGGGGAGAAAAGCUCGUCGAGUCCAGAUUUUUGGUCAACAGAAGCAGCUGUCCGCUUCACUGUGCAUGGAGAGCAGAGCUGCACGGAGAGGAUGAAGAUCUGUUUGCCGGUGUGAGUUUCUGCGAUGCGAUCUGCUUUCCUAAGGCCUCCAGAAGCUGAAAACAGGCUGUCAUUGACAGAGCCAGUGAUCCCUCUGAGCCGCCACCAUGGCCCUGGUUCAGGCUCUGCCCAUUUCUGCUGAGCCCCACAACGCCGGCCUCAGUGGAGGAGCUCGCAGACGACACCCCUCCGGCCCGUCGCCCCCCGUCAACCCGCCGCCCUCCGCUCUGGACCCCAUGGGUUCCGUCGGCAGCCUCAUCAGCGCCCGACCCGGCCCCUACCAGGACCACCGCUCUGGAGUGGAGCUGGGAGCCAGAGGCCGCCGACCCACACCGGGAGCUUCCUGUCUGGGCUCCGAGUCGCCCCAGGACCCGCUGCUGCAGAGCGUCCCCCCGCUGAAGAAGCAGAGCUCCACGACGUCCAACAGAGGCCUGGAGAAGGACGGCGGUAACGGGAACUAUACCUACGUCAACGAGGACUAUGUCGGCGACUGGAACGAUAACCACGUCACACCGACCAGUCCAGGAAGCGACGCCGACGAGACUAAAGACGGAUCAGGGUUGAAUGGAAACCUGGGGGGGCCUCCUCCAAAACUGAUCCCAGUGUCAGGAAAACUGGAGAAGAACAUGGAGAAAACAGUGCUGCGGCCCACUGCCUUCAAACCCGUCAUUCCCAAGAGUCGAACCUCCAUGCAAUACCUGUCUCCUCGCCACUGUGCCAACGUACCGGAAAGCCAAAACAACCUGAACCUGCUGAGCCCCGCCCACAGAGAGGCGUCGCCCUCCUGCGCCGAGAAGCGCAGCUCCUACAGCGGCGGCCGGAACGUCGGUAGUCAGUCCUGCUCGCUGUCCGACUCGGGUCGCAACUCCCUCUCCAGCCUGACGCCUUACAACGGCGCCCCCUACGGCCUGGCGUCCGGAGAGGCUUCGGCCGGACACCUGGAGCCCGUGAAGAGCGCUCCGCCGGUCAGCGCCGCCCACGGACACUCCAACUCCGACAGCGGCCGCUCGUCCUCCAGCAAGAGCACCGGCUCCGGGUCGCUGAGCGGCCGAGGGCAGCCUCUGUCGGACAGCGGCUCCAGCGGUCGCUCUCCUGGACCGGUGGACGGAUACGAAGGAGUGGUGAGGGACCUGGAGGACAAGCUGAGGGAGAGAGACCUGGAGCUGCAGCAGCUCAGAGACAACCUGGACGAGAACGAAGCUGCGAUCUGUCAGGUUUAUGAGGAGAAGCAGAAGCGCUUCGAGCUGGAGCUGGAGGAGUUGAGGCAGAGCUGUGCCACCAGGAUGCAGGUCGCCUCUCAGAAGGCCCAGCGAGCUCAGCAGGUGCUUCAGCUGCAGGUUUUCCAGCUCCAGCAGGAGAAGAAGAAGCUGCAGGAGGACUUUGCUCAGCUUCUGAAGGAGAGGGAGCAGCUGGAGGAACGCUGCACCUCCUACGAACACGAGAAGAUCCAGCUGGGGCCUCGGCUGGAGGAGACCAAGUGGGAGGUGUGCCAGAAGUCGGGGGAAAUCUCGUUGCUGAAGCAGCAGCUGAAGGAGGUCCAGGGAGAGUUGGCUCAGCGCGUCGGGGAGAUCGUGUCGCUGCGAGGUCAGCUCAGAGAGACUCGAGGCGAACUGACCAACACCCAGGUGCAGCUCCAGGAGGCCCACGGCUCGACCCGAACACGAACCCUGGAGCUGGAGGUCUGCGAAAACGAGCUGCAGCGUCGCAAGAGCGAAGCGGAGCUGCUGAGAGAGAAGGUGGGACGUCUGGAGGGAGAGCUGGCUCAUCUCAGAGAUGCUCUGGCCAGUCAGGGGCCGGGAAACAGACAGUGUCAGGUGUUCCAGGAAGCCGAGGACCAUCUGCUGGCCUACGAGAGCGACGAGGCGAAGGCCCAGCGGCAGAGCAGCUCCGAGGGCCUGCAGAACGUGAAGGUGCAGAUGGACAGGAUGAGAUCCGAGCUGGCCUUCGAGCGUCAGAGGGCCGAGCAGCAGACGGGAAGCUUCGAGGAGGAGAGGAAGAUCUGGCAGGAGGAGAAGGACAAAGUGAUCCGCUACCAGAAGCAGCUGCAGCAGAACUAUGUGCAGAUGUACCGCAGGAACCGAGAGCUGGAGCAGCUUCUGCAGGAGCUCAGUCUGGAGCUGGAGAGCAGAGAGGACGACGAGAGCAGCGGCAACGAGAUCAACUUUGAUGAGAUCGCUGCGACAGAAAUCUGAUCCUCACGUCUGUCCUUUUUUUUUUAAAAUUUGCACUACUGUCGGCUAAAUGUUUUCUUCUACACGUCACAGAUCUGAGGUCUGGACUACGAAGCCGGAUUAGCGGGUAUGUUGAGCUUUCAGUAUCACGAAGGCGGCUCUCUUUACCUGCUAGAUCUCCAUGGUAACUGAUGCUGUGGAGCUAGAUCUCCAUGGUAACCGAAGCUGUGGAGCUAGAUCUCCAUGGUAACUGAUGCUGUGGUUAGAGUUUACUAAUUUCACUUUGACUUGGCCAAAAGUUAAAGUGAUUUCCUGCAUUAUGGGGCAGUGUCAGACCUAAAUGCUCUUCAGGACAACAUCAUGUUGAACCCUUUAACACCCAAACGUCAUACAGGCCGCCUGGAUUUUUUUAUUUGGGCUGUAAAAGAGCCAGAAAUCACUUGAUUGCGUGAUUGCUUUUACACUUUUUUUCAGAACAACCUAAGCUUUCAAUAUCUAGCAUAAACUAUGUGUUUAGACAACAUAACAAUAGUUUAAAGUGGAAAAAAAAACAAAAAUUGACUUGGAUUUUUCAAGAUUUUACCAAAUUAGGAACCUGAGUUGAACAUGAACAAAAUAUUAGACAACAAAAAUUUAAAAUAUGAACUAUAAUAAAUAUUUACAACAAUUUUAAUUUUAUAAUACUUGUAAAAUGAGAGCGGCGGCACUUCUGUGGGAUUUAAAGGGUUAAAUAUAUGAAGUUAAACAGUUAUAAUGUGCAGCUUUAAGUUAGAACUCAGCGGCUGCAGUGAAUCCGUAAAAUAAAUACGUUAACGCUCGAUUAGCAGUUUCUAUCAGCAUUCCUGUCUGGCAUCAUGCAGUAGCAGCACGUUUUAAUAUUCCUAGUUGUUCUCCGUUAAAACAACCUGUUGCACAGAGUUUAAAGCAGAAAACCACCUCAGUGACUCCUGCUGACUCUGACUGGGGUUUUAGUUUCUGUAGUUUUUGCUGAGCCGACCUACAAAGAAAGUCCGGUUGUGUCUGACUGGCUUUGUGGUUCAGCCCUCAGCUCUUCUGUCGGUCUGUUUGUUGACGUCUUAAAUUAGUUCUGCCUCAUCGGUCGGGUCCAGGAGUCUCAUUUGGAAGCCGUGGACCUCCGCUAGCCGUCAGCAGGUCACCUCAGCCCUCCACUGAUGUCUCCACAUCAGAGUCCUGCUCCUCUUUCACAGUUUUAGAAGUUCGUAGGGAGAUUCAUCGGCUGUGAGCAACUUCUCCCAACCUUUCCAUAUCCUCUGUUGUGACUCCACCGUCCCUGCUGGGUUUUACACUCCCACUCGGUGUUAGCAUUCAGGUCUCAUUAGUCCCGUUAAUCUGGAUGGAGCCCACACUGUUGUCGACUGACAGCAAACGUGGGCUUCAACACAUUCAUCGUGUCAUGAGAAGAGUGAGUGAAUCAGAGUCAAGUGCUGAUGGCGGCGGCUGAAGCCUUUGUGUGUAAACUGCACCAAGACCAACAAGUAAACGAAAUCUCGACUUAAUUAACAAGAGUAGGGAGAUAAAUUUGAAUUUUUUCAGCAAUAUAUGGCACAAAUUUGAUGUUUCUGUACUCCAAUCUUGGGGUCUAGCUCCAGAAAAACUAAGUUUAAUUCUCCUUAAAGGUGAAGUAUUCAAUUCUAAUCAAAUUUUUGCCAAAUUUAACAAAUAUCUCGGUCUUAGCUCUUUGUACUGUGAGGAAAAGUCUGAUGUUGGUGCACAGUCCUGGCUCUGCAAAUGGGAAACAGGGCACAUGCUAACUAGCUAAAUAUGCUAAAUCAUCAGUCUUUCUCCACCUUUAAAUCGCAGUCUAAUGCACAGGGAUUAAACACUAAUAACUCCUUACAUUCAGUGCACUUAUCAGCUUUUCUCUCGCACACAAACAUUUCUGCAGCACUUUUAAAACAAGUGUCAAAGUAUUAUCUGACGUCAGAACGUUGGAUUGAAUUAAUAUCCUGGUAAUUAACCCUCCUGUUGUCCUCAAUUAUGGGCACAAAAAACAUCCAAAAAUUCUACAAAAAAAUUCCCCAAAUUUCUGAAAAUUUGCAAAACCUUCAGGAAGAAAAUUCCAACAAUUCCUGAAACGUUUAAUUUUAAAAAAAUCCCCCAAAUGUGGCAAGAAAAUUUUUGUAAAUAUUUUCAAAAAUUAGUAAAAAUAUUCCAAAAAAAUCCUAAAGAGAUUACAUAUAUAUCAGUAAAACUUCUAAUAUUUUCUUUAAGAACAUUCACAAAAAUAAUCAACCAAAAUCCAGCAAAAUUCGCUGGAUUUUGGUUGAUUUUUAUGUGAAUGUUGAUAAGAAACAUUUUUAACAUUUCUUUUUUCCCACCAAAAAAUGUUCAAAGAUUUCUCAAAAAUGCUGAAAAUGUGGACAUCAGAAGUUUCACUGUGAAAAUAGAUUUUUUUCCACAUAUUCAAACUUUAAAACGGGCCAAUUUGACCCGCAGGACGACACGAGGGUUAAGAUUAAAUAAUCUGUACGUCAGACAUUUUAUUUUGAAAAGCACAGCUGUGAAUAAUAACAACUGAAUGGCUCAAUAUAUUGUUGUGUAACAUUGUUAAAUGUAUUUUUACGCACCUUUCAUAGAGGCAGGAGAAAUGCACUACAUUUAGUGAGAAUGCUGCAGUACAGGAUCUCAUUCUUUCUGCACUACAGCCGUCAGUGUGGCAGUGAAACUGCUGAGUCUGUUCUAUCAGAUCAGCUAAGAGGAAAUUAGCCCUCAUUAACUUAAUUAUUCACGACUGUGCUUUUCCUGCUUGAAAUGUCGUCUGUGAAAAAGGCCAACAGGAAAACAGAUUUAUUUAUUUUUCUCUAUAAAGACGAGUUAGCAUGGUUUUUUGGGGGUUUAUUUUUGCAUUCUACUUUACAUUCCUCUGAUCCAUGCAAACAGUUUGUAGAAACACUCUGCAGAUGCUACAGAAGUGGGAGAUGAUGUGAAACUUGAUGCAUUUAUCACUCAUUAUUCACUUUACAGUCUCCAGCUGCAGCUGCUCUGCCUGGAUGUAUGUUUGGUCCAAUCUGUGGACGUGUCCAGCUGUUGCUGUUUGAACCUGCUGUCCUUCUGUGACAGAUGUGCUUAUCUGUUUAUUUAGGAGUUGAGAGCAGACAGUGAAAGCAGCACGCUACUGCUGCAUGCCGUCAGUGUUAAAGGCAUUAAAAACACAUCUGUUACAGCUGUAAUCAUAAAUGUAGGCUCGGCUACGUCUGUCUCAGUGAAAGCUGCUGAACCAGCUCCUCCAGUUUUCUGUCUUGGUGCCUGACAGACUUUUUAUAGAGUCUAUCGGCUGCAUGUGUCAUAGUGCAGCUCUUAUGGUUUCAAUGUCAUACAAAGUCACAACUGUCAAAGCUGCACUAUGACACAGUAGCAUGUUAGUUCUCCCUCAGCUGCGUCUGUCAGGCACAAGUCUGCACGUUGCAUAAAGACAGAAAACUGGAGGAGCUGGUUGAGCAGCUGUAUGGCUUCAGCUCUGGAAUGACACACAUGUCAUUGUGCUGUUUGUGUUGAGUGGCUGUAGUGCAGCAGUAGUGUGUCUGAAUGCUGCACGACUCCUAAAUAAACACAUCUGUCACAGAAGGACAGCAGGUUCAAGUGGGAACAGCUGGACGUGUCCACAAACUGAACCACGGCAGCAGCCAAAGUCCGAACAGGGACCGUAUAACCAGGAAGAGCUGCAGCUGGAUGCGGUUGGAGUUUUCAAAAUGAGUAAUAAGCGAUAAAUGUCACAUCAAUGUUUCUAUAAAAUAGGCUGGACCAGAGGCAAUGUACACUAGUCCACAGAAAUCUUCUUGUUGUGACCUUUGAGGCAGUUUCUGGCUACUCCAGCAUAUUUACUACCUAAAAAAUGAAGGUACUUUAUCAUGUUAACCUUCCAUGGAUGUGCAACACUGUCUACAUGAGGAAAACUACAAAUUUCUGAGGCAUAUUUAACCCUCCUGUUGUCCUCAUUCAUGGGCACCAAAAAUAUUGUUUCUUUGUCUGGAAAAAAAAUCCAAAAAGUCAUCAAAAAAAUUCCCCAAAUUUCUGAAAAUUUGCAAAACCUUCAGGAAGAAAAUUCCAAUAAUUCCUUAAGUUUCCCUUGAAAGUUUUAUUGUAAAAAAUCCCCCAAAUUUGGCAAGAACAUUGUUGUAAAUAUUUUCCAAAAAUUAGUAAAAAUAUUCCAAAAAAAUCCUAAAAAUAUCUAAAGUUAUUCCAUAUAUAUCAGUAAAACUUCUAAUAUUUUCUUAAGAACAUUCACAUAAAAAUCAACCAAAAUCCAGCGCUGGAUUUUGGUUGAUUUUUAUGUGAAUAUUCUUAAGAAACAUUUAACAUUUCUUUUUUUCCACCAAAAAAUAUUCAAAGAUUUCCCAAAAAUGUAGAAAAUGUGGACAUCAGAAAUGUCAUUGUGAAAAUAUUUUUUUUCCACAUUUUCAAACUUUAAAACGGGUCAAUUUGACCCUCAGGACAACACGAGGGUUAAAGUUACAGCAGCGACACUAUAUCCAAAUCUACAAUGUAUUUAGUCUCACGGUACACAGUGGAUCCUCACAUCUCCUGCACCAACUGGGGUUUCAGUUGAGUUUCUGGCAAAGUAAAUACAGCUAAGACGUGUUUCUCAGCACUAAAGCACACCCACGGCUGUUUUUUUUAUCUCCUAAUCAGAGAAAACACUAGCUGGUUGAUUGCUGUGUGGGCGACGCUUUAAGAUUCGUGUACUGAAUGAUGUUUUUGGUGUAAAACUACUCUGACCUUUAAAGGAUAGAACCCGUUUUGUGUAUAUUUACUUCCCUGUACAACACGACGAGACACUUUUUGUUCCUCUUAUGACUGCUGAUUGAAGUACUGUCCUGUGUAAAUAACCCCCAUCCAACACGUGUUAAAUCCUCCACAAACACAAACAUAGCCACUGUGAAUAGACCAAAGCAAUGUCGCACACGUUCUAUUUUGCUCCUGCGGACACGACGCCUGUAUAUUACCGUUGGUGUGGAUGUUUGUUCCGGUUCCUCAGUAUAAUUUUAUAAUCCACGAUAUUUGUAUGAAGACAUUAAAUGUAUAUUUUCAUGCUGUACAUUUCUUGAACAAAACCCACUAUGGUUUUAAUUAAAAAAGACAAAACUUAA